UCUCAAAGUCGAGAAAACACCCCGAGUCCCUACACACCAAAUCUUCUUUCAAAAUCCCCGGGAUAGUUUUUUUCGAGAUCCUCAAAGAUUCAGGUUUUUAAUAAGUCUGUAAUUAAUCUUUAGUCUUUUGAGAAGCCUCGGAUUUGGUUUCUUCCAUAGACGUGCAACAAAACCUUGGAGAGAGUUGCUCAGAAAAUCAUCUGCGACAAUAACUCUAGCAAUAUUCUACAAUCUAUUUCUGUGAAGAAGGAUUGAUCCUGCAUGAGAUUGGAGACCACGAUAUCUCUCCCACAAUUGCCGAUAAUUCUAAAGUCGCAACAAUGUCCACCAAAAAAGGCGCCUACGAAACCAAUGCCUCUGAUACUGAUUUCCGCAAAAAAUACGACCGUGAAGCCAAUGUAGCCAAAGCGCGCGAACAAGAAGCCAAAGAGAAAGAAGAGGGGCGUUUGCGAUAUGAAGCCAAACUCGCAGGUAAAAAAUAUUACGCGCCUCUCACUGGCGAGGAAACCCUCACAUCAGCGCGCGCAUACCGUCUAGAUGUAUCCGCCAAUGUAGGAAAAACUAUAUUGAUGCCUGCAGGGGCAGCGACAGGAAAGAGGGGGAAAGGUGCUGGGUUUUAUUGUCAGGCUUGUGAUUUGACUUUUAAGGAUAGUUUGCAGUGGGUGGAGCAUGAGAAUAGCAUGCAGCAUCUGAGGGCGAUAGGUCAGACGGGUGAGGUUCAAAGAGCAAGUGUGGAGGAUGUGAGGAGGAGGAUUGAUGAGAUUUGGGAGAGGUUGGAGAUGGAGAAGAAUGAGGAGGUAGUUACUUUGGGAGAGAGAUUGGAGGGGAGAAGAAUUGAGGAUGAAAAGGAGAGAGAGGAAAGGAGGAAGAAGAGGAGGGAAUUGGCAGAGAGAAAGAAGGAGGAAAAGGAUAAGGAAAUUGCUGUCAAGAAGGAAUAUGGGGAGGAUGUUAGGGUGGAGGGCGAACAUGAUGAAGAUGAUAUGAUGGCUAGUAUGGGAAUUGUUGGGUUUGGUUCGUCGAAAAAAUGAGGACAAGGUGUUUGCAUAUUGAAAUUUAGCGACGGUGUUCAGGAGGGGGGACAUUGAACCACACCAGAUUGUGAAAUUGGAAUUUGUCCAGGUCAAUAUAAAAUAAUUACUUCCA